CUCUUUCCGGUGGAGCGGCCCACUGGCAACGAUGGAGAAGAAGGUGGUUGCGCGCCUCGAGCAAGCAUGGAGCUCGGCAGACGUCGGCGCAUUCCUAGAUGAGUCCAAGCUGCAUGAAAUUAUGGCUGUCUUCCACGAUAUGGAGCCCACUGCCAAAGUUCGUCUGCUCUUGGCGGUCCAAACUGCACAGCAAGAACAUGUGAAGCAGCACGUGUCCCGAGAACGCCACGGUGGAGGCAGCAUCUCCACCACCUUGCCUUGCCUCGGUCUCCCCGAACCUCUGCUGAAACAAGUCUUAUCCAGCGCGGACGCAGACAGCGACGAGUGGGUGCGCAUUGGAUCUGGCCUCCUCCGCCGCAUGUUGUUUGCCUCCAAGGACGACCCCCCUAACGACGACUACCUCGCGCAGAGCAUCGAAGCGACAGUCAGCCAAGUCAUGGCGCUUGUGGAGUCGUCAGGAGGUGGCGAGAUUGUGGUGGACGAUUGGUUUUCCCACGACUUGGCGUACAUGACACCGAACGUGUCGCUGAAGGCUGCGUUGAAGAACGACCAUUUUACCGUUGUCGAGGAAGACAAGGCGCAAGACGACAAGAAAGGAGUGAACCAAUCAUUGCAUACACCUCUUCGCCCUUCGAGCACUGCCUCCGCAGCCCGUCGGCCGUCAAACCCGUCGCUCUCUGCGGUGUCGUCGCUGCCACCAAAGCCAUUGGCUUCCUCGAAGCGUUCGCUCACGGACAUGGGCCCCGAAAUCCGUCGCCAGGCCGAAAACGGUCGGUUCAAACGGAACCGAAGCCGCAUUUCCGUGAUCGACAUUGACGAAGUCAAACAGAUCGAAGCCGACAAAGUGCAAAAGGCAGAAGAGCGCAAGCAGCUCGCCCGUCGCGGGACGGCCAAGCCUGUAGCCACUGGGGGAGACAAAGAAGGCGGUGAGAAUGCAGCAAAGACCUCCGCGGACGCUGCUCCCGACAACGAGGAAGGGUCGUCGUCCGACUUCCAUCAAGCAGCGCUCUCGAUGGCGUCCCUUCCUGAUGCCCCAGUCGACACCAAUCUCCAGCAAGGGACGUAUUUGGACUACACUGGCAUGGUACAAUACGAUGAAUCCUAUCUGCAAGGAGAAGACCAUGCCGCCGCGAAUGCUGCAGUCGCGGCCGUCGCUGCGCACGCGCGCCUCCCCGUGUUCAAUGACCAGUACCAAUACCUGGAUCCGCAGCAGCAACAGCAGCAACUGUACCAGCAACAGCAGCAACAACAAGCGAUGGCGUUUCCGUUUGACAACAACAACGCGGUGUAUCAGCCGUCCCAGUUCCAGAGCAACGCGACGACGGAAUUUCCGUACAACCCAGCAACGGGCGGCGGAUUCCUCGACCAAACGAGCAACUCCAACAGCAACACGUAUUGGCGAUAAGAAACUGUGUCAUUCCUCAGCAACACUGGUCAGUGUUUAGCCGGCCAGAUGCCCACGGACGGCGCGAUAUUCGUCAUACAGCAAGGCAUGCCCACAACAUCGUUGGCAUCCCCUCGUGAUCCUUUCGCCAUUGAGCUGGUAGCCUUCAUGGCGCCGCGAUGUGUUCGCAAGCAUCCUUCGAUAACACAAACCCCUCGUCCUGUGGGAACCGCAUAACGUGCCGGUCGUACGCCAACAAAUAUCGUGGCUCUUCAUUCGGUUGGACACCCCAACUGCGACACAGUCUGGCUAUGGUUUGGGAGCGAAUACACGCAGAUUAUGUGGUAUUUGGUUCCAACUAGCGACUAAGCCACCCCAUGAUGCCGACUGAAUACUGCCAAUGCCAUUGCUCAAUAUCCAUUGCCAUGGUCAAGGCCGCCACUUCUAUCAGCGCAAUGGCCGCCGCCGCCCUCCCUGCAUCGCCCACCGACAUCCCAGAACCUGCCCCUCACGUGCAUGGAUCGGACGGUGAUCUAC